CACCGUUCGCCCACCAGAGAUGACAGCUUUUCAAGUACCUUAGUAUUUAUUAUAAAAUAUCGAAAAAAUACCGAACAUAUGAAUUGAUGAAAUCUUUUGCUAAAUACGAUGAAAUCUUUGGAUGAUCACCAUGAAAUAUUUCGAUGAGUACCAUGAGGCACACUCACGAUUCCCUCCAUGGAGCAGUGUCACUGCAACAGGUACUGUGGUCCUGCAACUCAAGAAGCUUGGCAUCGACGAUCUGGUGCACUUUGACUUCAUGGAUCCCCCGGCUCCGGAGACUCUGAUGCGAGCCCUCGAGCUACUCAACUAUCUGGCUGCCCUGGACGAUGACGGCAAUCUGACGGACCUCGGCGCCGUCAUGUCGGAGUUCCCAUUGGAUCCGCAGUUGGCCAAAAUACUGAUUGCUAGCUGCCAGCACAACUGCUCCAACGAGAUACUUUCCAUAACGGCCAUGCUGUCGGUGCCACAAUGCUUCGUGCGUCCCAACGAGGCCAAGAAGGCAGCCGACGAGGCCAAAAUGCGGUUCGCUCACAUUGACGGGGAUCACUUGACCUUGCUGAAUGUCUAUCACGCCUUCAAGCAGAGCAGCGAGGAUCCCAACUGGUGCUACGAAAACUUCAUCAACUUUCGGUCGCUGAAGAGCGCAGACAAUGUGCGCCAGCAGCUGGCCAGGAUCAUGGACCGAUUCAGCCUGCGGCGCACCAGCACCGAGUUCACCUCCAAGGACUACUAUGUGAACAUUCGCAAGGCCCUCGUCCAGGGCUUCUUCAUGCAGGUAGCUCACCUGGAGCGCACCGGCCACUACUUGACCAUCAAGGACAACCAGAACGUGCAGCUGCAUCCGUCAACGUGCCUGGAUCACAAGCCCGACUGGGUCAUCUACAACGAGUUUGUCCUGACGACCAAGAACUACAUUCGCACGGUGACGGACGUGAAGCCCGAGUGGUUGCUCAGCCUGGCCCCGCAGUACUACGAUCUGAACAACUUUCCGCAGUGCGAGGCGAAGCGUCAACUGGAGCUGCUGCAGCAGCGGAUGGAGACCAAGCAGUACCAGAAGGGUUUCUAGGUGUAAGCGCAGAUGAGGGGGACACUGGAUACACGUAACGUAAAGAAUGGGGAACGCAUCGUUUUGCUUUUUAUUGUUUGCUAAAUUUAAACUGAAGCACACGAACAGACUCUUAACCAGAUCAUUAAUAUCCAGAAACUCCGUUUAGUGAAUAGUGUUAAUAAAUGAAACCACUUUUUAUAUUCA